UUCAGUGAUCGUUACUGUGGAUCAAUCUUGAUCUCUCUCUUCUUGGACGGACCUUCUCUUGGAAUUACACAAAUUUUUCCAAACCACGAUGGCGCGAGUUGCUCUACUAGUAACCGUGCUGGCAGUUCUGGGCUACAUGAGCCAGGCCGUUCCGGUGCCAGAAAAUGUAAGAGAUCUGCAACCUGAGGUACAGGGAAUCGUGGAUCAUAUCAGAGAACAAAUGGAAAAUUUUGAAAACAAAAUCAAAAAGAUAUUCGAGACACUUCUUGAAAAAACGUCCGAGCAAAAUGUCCAAUAUGCCCUGGCUAAAGUUGAAGAUAUCGGUGAUAGCAUCAACGAUGCUCUUAAUAAUGAAAAUUUGAAUAAAAUUAAAGAAUCGGUAAACAAAGGAAUCAACAAACUGUUAGAACAAUCUAAGAAAUUUCUAGAAACAUUCUCUAAAGAGGCAGAGAACUUGAAGAAUGGAAGUAUAGAGAAGUUGACAGAAUUCUUAGAGAAAGCAAAAGCGAAUUCAGAAAAGUUACGUGAGACUAUGAAAAAACAUAUAAAUCAGCUCGUCGAAAAUGUAAACAAUCGUGCGGAAAAACUCAAAGACGCAGUCGAAAACCUGAAAGGAAGAGUGCCGGAGCUAAUAAACGAUAUAAGAAAGAAAUUACAAGGCAUAAUCACUAAAGAAAUCUUGAAAAGUAUUACUGAAAAAAUAAAAGCGCGAGUGGAUAGACUUGAUAAGAAAGUUAAAGAGUUUGUAGACGAACUGAAGAAAAUCAUUGAAAAAGUGAAAGAUCGUCUAGACGGUUAUCUUAAAACUGCUAUAAACAUAACGAGAGAUGGUAUACAAACAAUAGAAGAGAUUUUGAAAUCAAACUUCGGCAAAGUAAAGGACCUAUUAACUGAAAUUCCUAAAAAACUUAAAGAAAACGCUGACAAAAUGAAAACUAUGAUAGAAGAUUUAACUGGGAAAGUUAUAACUGUCGUAGGUGGUAUCAGAAAUUCCCUCGAGAAAUUAGCGGAUGAACUCGUCAGUUCGGUUAAGAAAAUCUUAGGAGGACCACUCGAUUUGGGUAAGAAAGUCACAGAUAAAGUGUUUGACAAGGCUGAAGACGUAAAAACAAAAGUAGAAAAUAUUGGCAACAAGAUGACGAACAAUGUCAAAGACCUGCUACCGAAACGAGAUGGCAAAAUAUUUGGAUAAAUGUUCUCUUACAAAAAAAAACAAGAAAGAUUGAUGAAAUAUUGAAAAAUAUAACGGAAGAUAUCAAGAAUACUCUCAAUGAUUUGACAGAAUUAUAAGUCUUAUGUGGUCAAGAAAUGUAAUUUAAAUUAUAUUCAACCAAAAUUAUAUGUUUAGGAGACGUCACAUUUUUCAAACAUUGUUCGGAUAAUUUCUAAUUUUACUGAGCUAAAAUUCAAAUUAAUAAACAAAGUCUACAACAUAUCUCAUGUUAUUCAGAUUUUAAAGUACCAAUAUAUUGAUUAAAUAUCGUAUACGAGUUUUCUCUCGUAUAGCGUCUUUACUUCAACGACAACAUUAUUCAUAAAAUAAUGUAAUGUUUUUAUUAAAAUUAACACUUACUGAUAAAGAUGAGGACCAUGUAUACGUUAAUAUUGUAAUGAGGUUGAUCUUGACUUAGACAUGUACUAAAAAGUUUAAUAAAAUAAUAAAGAAAUGUUAUACAAUAUA